AGUAAUGUCUCAAGCGUACACGGGACGUUUUCUAAGCACGAAGACAUGAGUCUUCAGCUAGAUAAACUGUUGCUUGGAUACGAUAAACGCCUUCGACCUGGAUAUGGAGAAAAACCUUUGGUUGUCCAGACUGACAUAUUGGUUCGUUCAAUGGGACCUGUAAGCGAGAAAAACAUGGAUUACUCCAUGGACUGUUACUUCCGUCAACUGUGGGUCGACAAGCGUCUGGCACUCAACGUUUCAAUGGCAAACAUAUCGCUGAAUAUCAAGAUGCUAGAGCGUCUCUGGUACCCAGACACGGUUUUCCUGAACGGCGGGAAAUCGUACGUGCACAUGGUACCAAUGCCCAACAAGUUCUUCCGGAUCCACAAAGACGGAACUGUUCUGUAUUCGCAACGCUUGACAAUUCGAGCCUCUUGCAUAAUGCGUCUCGAGAAAUAUCCCUUGGAUUCGCAGACGUGUCACCUCUACGUUGCGAGUUUUGCUUACUCGGUGGAAGAUGUUAUCUAUGAAUGGAGGUUUGGGCGCAAGAACUCUGUCGAGAUAGCAGCCGACAUGACUUUGUCCCAAUUUGAUAUACUACAGACGCCAUGUUUCAACACGACGAUGCCGUUGCGGGGAGCUUCCCACUCCGUUUUGACGGUCCAAUUCUACCUGCGCCGGCACAUGGGCUUCUUCCUCAUCAACGUGUAUGUUCCUUGCUGCCUCCUCGUGGUACUCUCCUGGGUCUCCUUCUGGAUAAACAGGGAGGCCACCUCGGAUAGGAUAGCGCUUGGAACCAUGGUGGUGUUGACAAUGACGUUCAUCGGCCUUGAUAACCGAAAUGACUUGCCGCGCGUGUCUUAUUCGACGGCGCUAGACGUUUACGUCGCUUUCUGUUUCUUUUUCGUAUUAGCCACCAUCAUUCAGUUCGCCUCCGUCCACUAUUACACAAAGUUCGGCUGCGGGGAGGGACCGCAGCUAGUCAUGUGUAUCUCAAAGCAGGUCGAACUUGAACAAAUAAAGGAGGACCAGGAAGAUGCAAAGUCCACAGACACCGUGGGAGAAAACAGCCUAAAUCGAACAAAAGUUGUUGUUCCAAACAUACAGAGAGAAUCUAUGCUAUUCAAGUGCUGGAAUUGCUUUUUCGGAACUCGAAAUGUGCGACACAAUAGGAUGUUUACAAACGUUUUGGGACUCAAUAGCGUCAGCAAAAUUGAUAAAUUAUCGCGCAUAAUCUUUCCAAUUGUGUUCCUUCUCUUUAACAUUCUCUAUUGGUGCACGUACCUUACGGACUGAACGGCAGACGACUUUUUUUCACAACGUAAUGAUUUGUAUA